UAGAGUCUCAGAGCGCAGCGGACACCAUCAUGAAAGCGCACUAGGCUGAGGGCGCCGUGCCUCUCCCCUCCUCCAAGCGUCCCAGUGCUGUGCUGCACGGCCGGUAGCAGUGGCUGGACAUAAACAGCUAGAUUAGCAUGCUGCCUGGGUCCAGCCUGGCUGCUCCUGCCCUCACCCUGCCACCUAUGUCCUGCUGAAGAAAGGAAAAACAAGAUCAGGAAGAUAAAUAUUUUAACUUUUUGACAAGAGAAAAUUCUAAGUUAGCUACCUCCUGAUCUGUGACUGAUAGAGAAUUCGGACAAGUUUUUUUUAAAGGAUUGUUGAGUAUUCUCCUCUCCUGAUUUUAUUUUGACUUUGAAGUAACAGAAAGCAGAGCCAGAGUACGUUGUUACAGGCUCUGCAGGCAGGAAAACCAAACCAGACUAGAUCAGAACAAUGCCUGAAGGAACGAUUGAACGCCCGCUCUCGCCUUCCCUCCCCAGGGACUGCGGACAUGAGUGCAGAGUGUGCAAGGUGAUGGUGGUGAGCCUGACUGACUAUGCCAGCCACAUAUCCAGUCCCUCGCACAAGCAGAUUGUGGAGGCUGCAGAGCAAAAGCAUGCUGGGAACGACCAUGAGGAAGACUACUUCGACCAGGCACUGGUGGACCUGAUUGAAAAGAGGAAAGAACAGAUCAGAAAACAGAAGGAGGCUGCUGCUGCAAAGCUGGCAAAAGAAGAAGAGGAUCGGAGGAGAAAGGAGGAGUUUCAGCAGCGGUUAAAGGAAGCUAAGGAGCGCUAUCGGCUGGAGUGUGCCUGGCAGCAGCCAUCACAGGGGUUUGGUGGAUCCAGUCAGCACAGUUCUUGGUACAGGAGCAACCGAUAUAAUGCCAGAUCAGGGGAGCCACGACCAUGGCACAAUAAUAAACAGGGAAAGAGCGCCACUUGGCAUGCUCAGGAGCCUCCCAACUUUCAGAAAUGGGCAUCUGAAGAGUUUGCUGGUGGAAGCCUGCAUAGCCAAGAAGGGUGGAACAAGAGGCAGUGGGAUCAGGGUGGAUUAUCUGGCAAUCAACAAAGUCGACUGCCUUGGGUCAGCAAUGGAGGCAGUAUUAACGGGGUCUAUGGCCAAAACAACAUUUCUCAGUACCCACAAAGGGGCAGGCCCUCAAGCCUCUUUGGACCUCCUCGUAUGUAUCCACCUCCCCCCUGUUUUUUUGCCCGGGCUUUUAACCAGUUUCAAAAUACAGCCAAUGACCAGGGAGGUCAGCAGGGUGAUGGGCUUCAGAAUGGGGAGGGACAAACAUCAGAAUCUGACCAAAACAAUAGUAAAGGCUCCAAGACCUUUGGUAGCAAUUCAAAGCUGGACAAAGCCUGUCGGUGGUCACCCUAUCCAGUCACAAAGGGCUUUGAAUCUGUGCCCCAUAAGGACACCAAUCCAAACUCGUCAGAAAAGUACCCCAAAGGCCCAAAACCCCAGAAGCUAGACAAAGCACCGGAAACCAGUGCCUUUAACAGGCUUUCCCGACCUGAACAGAAACAAGUGCAGUUGACCUCUAGUGGACAAAGUCUGGAAGAGAAAGGGAGGCAUAAAACAAAUCCCAAAACCAAACCCAGAGAUAGGAGUAGCAGUGGCAGUAGAAGCAGCAGUGCUCAGAGAGAAGGACAACAGAACUCUGCAUCUGGUCCUUCCAGUCAGAAGGCAAAUAAGCCAUUGCUACAUAAAGAUAGAAAGAUGUCCUCAGUUCCUAGUCUCAACAGUGGAACUCAACUCAGUAACGCCUCCACUCAAGCGCAUGCACAAUCAAAGCCAACUGCAAAGCAAAGUGGGCUCAGCUCUAAAGCUUUACCUAUUGGGCCCCUGAAAUCUAGACAAGAACGGCAGCUCCCAGAAACCCUCUGGAAAGUAAGACAGAUUGUGUUAGAAAAGAGAGGUUCUUUAGAUAGCUCUAGUAACAACAGGAUGGAAAUGGCACUGCACAUUGUGGAGGAGCAGCAGAGGGAUCAUGCUCAGAGUCAAAUAGGAGUAAACAAAGAAAACAGCUGCAGGCAGAAUACAACUAAACCAAAUUCACAUGACUCAGUCAGACCAGAAAAGCCUGCAUUGCAAUCUUCAGAUAGCAGCCAGUUUCUCCAGUCAUUACAAAUUAGCACCUCUACCAUGGAGAGCUCAGAGAUUCCAGCCCCAAGCAGGGAAGAUGAGGAGAACAGGAAGAAGGUGGAGAAGCAAACCUGCUCACUGGCUCCAAAUGAAGCCAUGCAGGCUGUCGAGGCAGGGCAGAGCUCAGAGAGUGACACCUCCAGAAGUGGUGAAGCAACUGGGUCAAAUGCGACAAGUCUGUCCAAACUCGACCUGCCUCCUGCCUUUAAACGUGACCUCACCAAACACAUCAGCUCCAAGAGCAAAACAGGAAGCCACGAGCCCAACCUGAACAUUGCCAGACGGGUGCGAAACCUGAGUGAGUCACGGAGAAGUGACACAGAAAAGGAUUCAGGGCUCAAACCGACUGUACGGCAGCUCAUCAGCUCCUCCGGGUCUCGACGCAAUGUGAACUGGGAACAGGUGUAUCAGGAGGUCAGGAAGAAACAAGACAAAGGGAAAGGCAUGCCAAGGUUUGGGAUAGAGAUGGUGCCAAACGAGCAGGAGGACCAGAGCCAGGAGGAAGAUGACAUUCCCCUGCUAGAGAGUUUGCAUUGGGAGUCGUUGAUGGACAUCUCCGCUCCAGGUUCCUCCCGAAAACGCUCCUUAUCAGAGAGCAGCCUCGCCCCUGCAUCCACUCCCUCCCUGUUUACAUCCCUCAUGUCAAAGGAGAUGGCGCAAAGAGAAGGCCUCAGCUCAGAACAGCAGGGAUCUUCUGUUUCUCCCACAUUUGUUCAAGGGAAAAAAGACGAUCACUGUCAACAAGAGGUGGAGCAGAUGCUAUCACAGUUUGAGGCUAAAGCACAGAAGCAGCCUGACAAACUAACAUCAGCGACAGUGAAGGCCCUCCAGCGAUCUGACUCAGUGCUCGGGGACAGCAGUUCAGGAACGGAGCAGUUUGACGGUCAGGGAACAGGGAAGAGGCGAAGAGCAGCUGGGGAUGUUCCAAGUGCAGAGACUACUUGCGUGGAACACAAUAGCAAAAGGCGGAAGGUCAAAUCCAAAAAAGAACGUUUACAGAUUGACCAGCUGCUGGCUGUGUCUCUGCGGGAGGAAGAGCUGAGUCGCUCCCUGCAGACUGCGGACACCAGCCUGAUCCAGGCCCGGGCUGCACUGGAGGCUGCCUAUAUGGAGGUGCAGCGUCUCAUGGUGGUUAAACAGCAGAUGACUGUGGAGAUGAGCACACUGAGAAACAAGCGCAUUGAGUUACUAAAAGGGAUGCAAGGUAAUAUGGAGGAAGCACCUCGGGUCAAACUGAAAGAAGAAAAGAUGGAUUCCCUAGAUAAAGACCCCCACAUGCCCUCCGCGGUUUUGCUUUCCUCUGUUACAGACAUUACUGUUGCUACUGCCUCCAGUCCUAGUCCCCCUGCUCAGCGUGCCUCCCCUCCGUCCUCCAGCCUUCCCCUCAUGUCUGUAGUUAUAAAGCAGGAGCCCCAGUCUCCAGUCCACGUCAGCUCGGAACUGGACCCUUUGGACAAUAUAACCCCCUGUGCUCACAGCACCACACCGGAGCUGCCUGUCGCUCCUGCUGCAGCCUCUCCAGCAGAUCCUGCCCUUAACUUCCAGCCAUCUCCUGAAAGAAAGCCUGAGCUGUACCAAACUAAUACAGAACAUAUUUGGGAGAACUUUGGGGAGCCUGCGGACUGCAAAGAGAGUUUGUCAGGACUGGUUGCGACAACGGAAAAGGCCAUGCAGACGACAAGGAACUGUCUCACCCCUUUGCCUGACUCCAAAGCCUCCAUAAAGCUUCUCUCACCUAGCAGGAGGGGCUCUGAGGUGGGGAGCGUUGUUGUCUGUGAAGCCACAAAGUCCUUUCAGCCCCCUUCUGUGCCUUCAGUGCUUAAUCUGCCCUCCUCUCCGUCUGAGCUGAGCGGAAAGCGUGUGAGAAAGCUCAAGAAGAGGAAGGUGUUGAAGAAGGCUCAAGGGACGGAGCAGCCUGAGAGCAGUGACACUGAGUUAGAUGGAGAGCCCUUGAGGCCAAGGUGGCUCCGACCGCGCAGGAGACCCAGUGGAGGCUCUCAGGUCAGCACCUCCAGUCUGCCUACAGAAGAUAGAGAGGGGGACAUGAACAUGGAUUGCAGCGAGGAGGCACGUAGGCUGCUGUUUCCGGCCGUCAAACUCGAGAAAGCAGACCGCAACUCCUCAAAACGCAUGGUAGAGCUUCCCCAAGUGGCCUCUGCUGAGCUGACAGUGAAUGUAGAUUCAGAGGAACACAUGGAGGUCACCGCAGCCAGUCAGCGGCCUCACAGGGAUGCCCUGCUUCCAGCUCCCAAUCCGGUCCAGGACCCAGACUCCUCCCAACCUGAGCCACAGAGCCUGGCCUGCAACGAGGUCACAUCCACAAGUGACAUGGAUAUAUGUAAAUCCUCUGAGAGUGACAUGCCGUUUCCCAUCAUAUUGCCCAAGAAAACGAAGACCUCAUCAGAUGUGUCCUCUGACCACGGUGAGGAUGAUGUGCCCACUGAGGGGGUGUUCGAGGGCCACCAGGAGGCAGUGAAUGCCAUGCAGAUCCACAAUGGGCUGCUGUACACAUGCUCAGGAGACCGGACUGUCAAAGCCUUUGACCUGGUGAGUCAUAAAUGUGUGGCCGUGUUUGAGGGUCACAGCUCCAAAGUGAGCUGCCUGUUGGUGUCCGCAGCUCCCUGCCUGCAUCAUCGCCUUUAUUCCGGUUCCAGUGAUCAGACCAUCCGCUGCUACAGCCUCAAGACACAGGAGUUCGAGCAGCAGUUUUCUCUGCCAGACCGGGUCCUCUGCCUUCACAGCCGCUGGAGGACUUUGUACGCAGGCCUGGCAAACGGCACAGUGGUGACCUUUAACCUCAAGACAAACAAGCAGAUGGACGUGUUCGAGUGUCACGGGCCGCGGGCCGUGAGCUGUCUGGCCUCAUCGCAGGAGGGAGCCCGGAGGAUCCUGCUGGUCGGCUCCUACGACAGCACCAUCAGCGUGAGGGACGCCAAGAACGGACUCCUGCUGCGCACGCUGGAGGGACACACCAAAACUGUCCUCUGCAUGAGGGUGGUCAAUGAUCUGGUAUUCAGUGGCUCCAGUGACCAGUGUGUCUACGCACACAACAUCCACACAGGAGAGCUGGUGCGGGUCUAUAAAGGCCACAGUCAUGCUGUUACUGUGGUGUCCAUCCUGGGGAAGGUGAUGGUGACCGCCUGCCUGGACAAGCUGGUCCGUGUCUACGAUCUGCAGUCUCAUGAACAGCUGCAGGUCUAUGGUGGACACAAAGACAUGGUGAUGUGUAUGGCUAUCCACAAGAACAUGAUCUACACGGGCUGUUACGAUGGCAGCGUGCUGGCCGUCAAACUGAACCUGAUGCAGAACAACCGCUGCUGGUGGCACGGUUGUUCGCUGGUCUUCGGGGUGACGGAGCAUCUGCAGCAGCACCUAAUCAAAGACCACGGCAGUGCCAACUUCCAGAUGCUCAAGUGCCGCUGGAAAAACUGCGAGGAGUUUUUCUGUGCGCGCAACAGCUCCAAGCAGGGGAUGCUGGUGCACAUGCAGAAACAUGCCGAGGAGCAGACUGACCUAGAGCCUUAAGGGCCGGUGGUGGGAACUCUGUUUCCUCCUGAGCCCUCUUCCCUUUCCCCCUAUAUUUACCCCCCCUGCCCCGUUUACCUCCCAUAUUGGGGGGGAUGUUCUUGGGACCCACUUAACUUAACAGCGCUCCUGUCGAGCCUGGUGAGUGGCGUCCGACGACUCCAUCCUUUAUGUUCGCUGUUGGAAUCCAACCAUAAAUCAAUCAUGAAAGGAG